GAAACAUAUAUGCCGAAGAUACAGGUGCCAUUUAUUUCUUUUUAGUAAGUCCGAUUUGUGUGGGCCUUGCAUUCUCUGUAACUUUCUAUCAUGUAAAACACAUUGGUGACGUAUUAACCGCAAAAAAGACAUGCCAGUAUUAAUAUUGUGGUAGCGUAAGUUUAUAUGUUAACGUCGCACGCAAUGGAGUUCUCAGAUCUCCCGCCGUCAGUUGACGCGGAAACUCCGCGAAGUGGAGAGUUUGGCGAGGCUCGCGCUGCUCCAGAAACUGUUUCAACUUUAGCGACAUCGAAAACGGCAACUGUGCCUCUUCCGGAAGAUUCAAAAGUUGCUGUCGAAAUGUUGCCUCCUGAUGUUCUAUCGCCUUCUGAGGGCUCUCAUGUACGUGAUACUAUCGAUUGCAAUGAGCCUUCAUCAGGUGUUAUGCAUGGGUCAAAUGAAGUAAUCUCCAUGAACAACUUGCUCAACACAUCUGUACUCAAGGAAAAUCCCACAGAUGUCGUAAAUUCUGUUAGUAUUUGUAAUAAUUUCUGCAAGAAUGAUAGUGUAUAUACGAAGGAAAAAGAUAGCGUUGGGAUUUCAGAAUCUGAUGAUGUCACCUCCGAUAGUCAUCACGAAAUGGGCAAAAGAAGUAACGGAAUUCCUGCAGUUAAAGAAACAGAUGUUUUGUCUAGUGGAGACAUCGCAUUAGAGACAUCGGAACGGUCUUCCGAUCCUGCCGAGGAGAUUGACUCGGCCUCUGCGUUGGAAGGGAAGGACGACACAAGCGACCCCCAGCUCAAUCCCUUCGUGCAUCGCAUUCAUUUCCGCUUCCCCUAUGACUACAUUAAAGUAGCGUUGUUGACAGUCGUGCUUGUGCCAGUCCGCGUGUUCUUCAUAUCGCUCUCCAUCAUCUUGGCGUACUGCGUCUCUUCCGUUGGACUCUACGGGCUCACACAAGAACAAUUAUCCGAGAAACCCUUCACAGGAUGGAGGAGGCGGCUACGUUGGCUCAUGGGCUUCUGUGGACGCUUUAUGACACGUAGCUAUGGCUUCCACGUAAUGUCCGUGAAGGGUACUCAAGCUCCUGCAUCUGAAGCUCCUAUAAUUGUCGUAGCUCCCCACUCGUCCUUCUUCGACGGUCUCGCUGGGUAUUGGUCCAAAGUCCCUGGUCUCGUCAGCCGCAUUGAGAACAGCUACAUACCUUGCUUUGGCAAAUUCAUCACGUAUACUCAGCCAGUGUUCGUCUUACGAGAUGAUGUUAGCUCUCGUCAGCAAAGCAUCAACGAAAUAAAGAAAAGGGUCAACUCUUCGGACGGCUGGCCUCAGAUAAUGGUGUUCCCUGAAGGCACGUGCACAAAUCGCUCGUGUUUGAUCACAUUCAAACCUGGCGCAUUCUACCCCGGCGUGCCCGUCCAGCCCGUCGUCAUGAGGUACCUCAACAGCAUGGACACCACCACGUGGACCUGGGAUGGACCUGGCGCCUUGAAACUAAUUUGGCUGACGAUGACUCAGUUUCACAACUUUUGUCAGCUUGAAUAUCUGCCAGUUUAUUAUCCCAACGAAGAGGAGAAGAAAGACGCUCGUCUCUAUGCCGCCAACGUACGGGCAGUCAUGGCUAAAGCUCUAGGAGUACCGGUCGUUGACUACACUUACGACGACUGCCGGAUAAUGGACAAAGCCCGCAAGAGCAAACUGCCUCCAUGUAUCGGCCUCAUUGAAUUUCAGAAACUGCGACAAAAAUAUGGAUUCACCAUCAAGGAUGUGGAAAAGUGCAUGACAGCCCAGUUCUCCGGUAUGGCUGACAAGGACGGACUGUUGAGACUGCCUGGCCUAUCGCGAUAUUUGCAUCUGCCCGCAACUGAACCCACGCUAGUGCAUCUCUUCAAUUUAAUAGACUCUAACGGCAAAGGGGCGGUAAGCUUUCGUGAGUAUCUGCUUGGCUACUGGGAUAUUGUAAAGCCUAUAAUCAAGGACGAGAUCGUCAACAUCGCAUUCAAGCAGCUGGACCCAGACGAGAAGGGCAAGAUCACGCGAGAUGACCUCACUACUGUUCUUAAUGCCAUCUUUUUCCUAUCAAAGAAAGAAUCCGAUCAAAUUUUUGACGAACUUGAUGUCAACAAGAAUAAAAUAAUAACUUACGAGGACUUCCUUUCUCUGAGUGAAUGGAAGGGCGAGUACGUGUGGCUGUUGCUGCGGUACCAAGAGAGCGUCAGGGCAGGCAUCCGCCAAUUAAGCGACUACAAAAGAACACUUGAAUCUAGUAAAACGAAAUUCGAGUAGCGGGGCCACAUCGCUCUCAACCAGCGAUGUUCCGAUCGCCACUGGAAGGUUUUAUGUUCCUGACGUGUUCCGAGGGAAGUUCAUAGCAACGUGAGAAAAUUUUUAUGGUGCUGACGGUGUAGCGCCUCAAUAUUGUUUCGAGUGUGUCAUUUUCAACAUGAGAAUUCUAUGGAUUUGAUAACAUAUUUAUAGAUCUUCGUCGAAAAUUCAGCCCUAUAUUUAGAUGUGGAAUUAGUUAAAUCCAUUAGACUCUAAAUUCCAUGUGUGCUGUUCCGAACCAAGAAAAUCUUUUGAUUCUAUCAUUUAUCUUUUUGACGUCGUUUGGCAGUAGGUAUCUGGUGCUAAUGAUCACGAUCGAGUUUUAACUGAAGAUAUUGAUAUACGAGUGUGAAUUGAAUGACAAAAAUUCUCGUUUUAUCACUGACUAAUUGAUAAAAAAAGUUGUUUUAGAUCCAAAUAUUGUACGCUCGCUUCAUUACCAGAAAUGAAGUGAAAUGGUAUUAAAAACUCGCAAUUUAUGUUUCCAAGUUUUCGUAUUAUAUGAAGUAUUAUUUUAACCUGCGACCUGAUUGAUUUCUAUCAAGGCUAUGUUUGUGUGACCAACUUGAGUUGCUAGCAGACAGCAAGUUUACCAUCUGCGUAGGCUCACUCGCUACCUUCAUCGGUGCAUGCGAGCUACUAAAGAUAGCGACCGGAGUGCGCGAGUGCUAUGCUAUAUAGCUUUCUCAGUUUUUCCUGCUGUCAACUCGUUGGUUUAAUUAAAAUCACACAAUAUCUUUCAAUUGUUAUUUAUUCGCAAUUAAAUUUAUAAGAUGGUCUUUAGGGUAGUCAAAGUCGAUGUAUUUUAAUACAGAAUCUCCGAUUUAAUUAGAUCAUUUCCAAUGAACUCGUUUUGCCAGUUGAAUAGUCACAGAUUAUUGGUUUAUUACUGUUCACUGUUCAGCAACAUCGAUGUUAGUACUUACAAGAGCCCAAGUCAAAUAGAAAGCUCAGAAGUUUUUAGGCCAUUGCAGUGUUGAUUUUAAUUCUAGAUAAUGAUUUCUUUGCCUGCGUGACCCUGUUAUUUGAUGAACCUUUUUAUGCAUUAACCAAUGUGAUACGUAAUUUUAGCCCAAUUUACUUAGAUUAUUAAUAGAUGCGUGUGCUUUUACUAAUGUUACCGAGAUACUCCUUAAGCUUAAAGUUAUGCGUAGGGUAAAUAUAGAAAAUGAUCAUUUUCCUUAACUUGUAAUUCAGGUACCAAUGAAUCGACUAUGCCAGUAUUUAGUAUUAAACAAGCAGGCUUCACCAAUCCCGGUUUUCCAUUUUUCUGAGAUUGGCUGCUACCUUGACCUUGAAUCUUCAUUUUUUGUUUAUUCUGAUCUUGUAGUGUACCUGGAAUAUAGAUUAAUACGUUUAAUUGCUGGCAAAUAAUUCACGUUUUAAAAUUUAUACCAAUGUUGGAUACAGCUUUUUAUAAUUGAGUGAUGCAUCUUUAUCAAUCUCGUUACAUUUUCAAAUGAAUAUUUCUUUGCAUCACAAUGCCGUCCGUGAAUCUAGUUUUAGUAUGUUGUCCUAAGGUUCAUGAGCAAGAAAAUUAUUUCAUGAAAAAUGCAGGAAAAUGUUCCAAUGCUUCUGUGCUUUGAUAAUUUUAUUAAAUCAACAACAAUUAAAACUAUCCCACAAGCAAAAACAAGUUUUCUUCACAAAUUACUAACUUAUUUGGCGAAAGACGUAAGACUGAAUCUAUUAAUGAACUAACGUACGUGCUGUGAAAAGUUUCUUUGUACUUUUGGGCCUUGUCAAAGGCAUGAAGAGGAACCAAAAUUAUACAAUUUUAACCAAGUUACUAAUUCCGUCUAAAGAUAGUAAAUCUCAUUCUCCUCUUGUUUUCUGGGCCAUGCGUCGUCCUGCCCCACUUACAACAUUUGACGUCGUACAAAUUUAUUUUAAUUCCUUAACUAUAUGUACCUAGAGUCCUAUCAUAAGCCAGGAAAUGCACCAAAAAUAUUGAAUUGUAACUUA